AUGGCUGGUGGUGCUGCUGAUUGUCAGUUUUGGGAGCGCGUUUUGACAAAGCAUUGCAGAUUAUUCGAAUUGAGGAAUAAGGAAAGGAUAUCUGUUGCAGCUGCAUCUAAGCUGUUAGCGAACAUGAUUUAUAACUAUAAAGGGAUGGGUUUGAGUAUCGGCACAACGAUUGUCGGUUGGGAUAAAAAUGGACCGGGUGUUUACUACGUUGAUACAGAUGGAAACAGGACUUCUGGAAACCUAUUUUCUGUGGGAUCUGGAAGUCCCUACGCCUAUGGUGUUUUAGAUACUAAUUAUAAGUACGAGAUGAAGGAUGAAGAGGCCUACGAACUCGCUAGGCGAUCAAUAUUUCAUGCUACUCAUCGUGACGCUGCAUCUGGCGGAUUUGUUAACCAACCUCAGGAGAUUAAAUGA